AUCUGCCUGUCAAUUCUGUCAUUUUUUGUGUCAGUCACUGUCAAACGCAAUCUGUGAUGUUGUCAACAACAAACAAGUUUCCCGCGAGCUGAAACUUUAUUACUGAAAAUCAAGUGAAAAACCAACUUUUUACAGCAAAAUAAUGUCUGCGACUGAUCUGAGUAAUUUUCUGAAGGCCCUCGACGCGGUGAAACAAGAUUACACCUGCGGCGUUUGCUCCAAUCUCUGCGAGGAUCCUGUUACUUUGAGCAAAUGUUUUCAUUUGAUUUGUGGCAAACAUUUCGAGAGUUUGAAGACAUGUCCGACUUGCAACGUGUCUUUGGAAGGCUGUACUAUCUUCGCUGAUGACCGUUUAGGACCUUGCGUUCAGUCUGCGAAAGAAUUGGACAAGAUUUUCGACAAUUUUCGCCCUAAGGAUGCCCAACCUACAAAAGCUGAAAAUACAACGAAAGCGCCGAAAAAGCGCGCUAGGCACAACACAAACGACAAAUCAAGCGACGAAAAGGCACAAAAAGAGACUAAAGCGCUUUCAGACAAAUCUAAUAAGGUACAAAAGCCAAAUAUGAAUACUUCUCUCCUGUCUAAUGCUAGUUCUAAAGCUAACAAAGCAAUCGAGAAACGUAAUAACAAAGGUGAGACGAUGCUUCAUAUAUCCUGUAGAUUGGGAAAAAUCGAUAAAAUCACAGAACUACUCAACCAGGGUGCCAAUACAAACACAAAAGACAAUGCUGGCUGGACACCGUUGCACGAAGUUGUUCAAAACGGCCGUUUGGACUUGGUCAAGCUGUUGUUACAGUAUAAUACUCUAAUAAACGUGCCCGGGCAGAGCAAUGAGACACCGUUGCACGAAGCGGUGAGGUAUAACCACAUUGAUAUUGCCGUAGAGUUGGUUAAAAAUGGUGCGGAUUUAAAUGCUCGCAACUGUAAAGGAGAAACCCCUUUGCAAUUGGCACAAGGAGCUAUGAAGGAAAAAUUAAUUAUGGCAUCGGAAGAUAUCAUUCAAACGCAAACUGUCAACAUUACAUUGAUAUCAAACCUUCAUUCGGAAUUAGAUUUUGAUGAUAUACGAGUAUACUGUAACUCACAAUUUCGUACUGUACAGAACAAAUUGAAGUUGUUAACGAAACAUCACACCAAUUUGCAUGUUGAAACAAAAUUCACGAAGAAAGUUACCCACUUAAUAGUAGACGCAGAGGAAGAUAGAGUUUGUACGUCAAGUUUGGAUGUGCUACAAGGAAUAGCUUAUGGAGUAUGGAUUUUAACAACGGACUGGAUAACAAAGUCAACAGAAGACAAACUAGAACCAUUUGAUCGCUACGAAGUGACUGGAGUUGGUUCAAAAAGUUACAACGGUCCCAAAAACGCCAGAUACAACAAGUACAAGCAGUUCCCUGGAUUAUUCGACGGUUGUCAUUUCUAUUUGCACAAUUUCAACACGAAAUAUGAAAUCACAAAGAACAUAGUUGUAACAAAAGCUCUACUCACAAAACUAAUUAUGGAUGCAGGUGGAAUCGUUCUCCGGAGAGUUCCAAAUCCAGAAUCCAUUCCGGACUCUGAGAAACUUGUUCCGUACCAUGCGAAUAAGGAUGGGAAAUUAGUGAAUUGUUCUCAUUACAUUAUUUUUAAGGAUAUGUAUGAACCAAUGUAUAAUAUGCAGCAUUUGAAGGCUUUACCAAUUGGAUGGUUAAUUGAAUGCGUCGAAAAGUAUGAGUUGUGUGAACCAAUUGUUUACAAUUACGCUUAGAUUUUUAAUGAAGAAUUAAAAUGUGUAAAUGUUUAUCGAGCUCUCUAAAGAUGGCCUUGUUACAAAAUCUUACAAUUAGAUUGUAUUAAGUACGAAGUACUAAAAAUCAAUUAACUACCUCAAUUUUUGGUCCAUCUAUUUUAUGUAGGUAUUGAUUUCUCUAAUUUAAAUAUAGAAAAUUCGGGUCCAAGUUAUGUAAUAAUGACUCUUAAUAUAAAGCCCAUAGGCUCGAAUCUUGUCUGUGUUAGAAUGAGUAUUGAAUGUUAAUUAUUCUGAAUAAUAUGAGCUUAUUUUGGGAAGGAUCUAAUUAUGUUAUAAUUUAAUUAGCCUCAUAAGUGGCCAUUUAUUUUUGAGUUUUACUGAAUAAAGUAUUUUGUAUAGAU